CGUCACCCGGCGAACGGCCAAUGGAAGCGCGGCUUACUGGCAGGCGGUGCCGGCGGCUGCUACCAAAGGGGAAGUGAGCUGGGGCUGGAGCGAUGGCCCGGGUUUGGAGCCCGCGGCCGCCGCCGCCGCCGCCACCACCACCAGCAAGUUGGGAGCAGCUGCGGUUGCAGCCGGAGCGGGGGCCGGAGUCGCGGCUGGAGUGGAGGCGGCGCGUGUGAGUUGCCGAGAGUCGCCAGAACACCUCAAACUCUGGGCGGGAGCGCUUCAGGUGGGCUGAGCUGCCGUCGCCCCUCCGCACCGCCCUACCCCCCAGGCCCAGACAGCAAGGCUGGGGUCUCCCAGGUGCGGGACUGGCACUUGGCAGGCUGAGCCCUCCGAGCCGUGCUCUAGGCCUUCCUCAGUCUCGGGCCCCCUUCAAACUCAAGGCGGAGGCCGAAGAACGGUGAUCACCGUAAGACCCCGUCAUUUUCUUGGCGCCCAAGCUGUGUCGGGGUUGUAGCGGCUGCGAGCCCCCUUCUGCUGCCACCUCUCCAGCUAGGGAGCGACUAGCGCGUUCUCACUGUCUAGCUCUUCACCUCCCCCUCUUCUCCCAUUCAAGAACAAGUUUCUUUUCGUUCUCUACUGGAAGUCCCCCGGAAGGCCAAAACACCCAUCGGUGUGUCUUUCCUCAGCUCCUGGAGCACGCUUAGAAAUAUUACAUACCUAUCGGAAGAUAAAGGUUGCUCCCCUUGCCACCCUCUUAUCUGAGACUCCAUGCCCAGAGCCUUACCCAUUUUUAUCACCAGCUGCCUGGCCAUCUCUGUGUGACUUCCCCCACCCAUCUGAGUUCCACUUUCCUCUGGGCUCCAAUCUCUAGCCCCCAGUGGAUCUGGUCAGUCCCACCCGUGGGUGGGACUGACCCAGGGCUCUGGCCCAAAUUCCCCACCCUGGAAGGCAGCUCCAAGGUAGCGAGAGAAUUGGGCAUCGGGUACGAACCUGGCAGCUCAGGAGUGGGUGCACCACUCACCCCACACAAAAAGAUGAAGAAGCGCAAAGAGCUCAAUGCAUUGAUCGGCUUGGCUGGGGACAGUCGGAGAAAGAAGCCCAAGAAAGGCUCAGGCCACCGCCUCCUUCGCACUGAGCCUCCUGACUCAGACUCUGAAUCCAGCUCCGAGGAGGAAGAGGAAUUCGGUUUAGUUGAAAAUCGCUCUCGUUUUGUCAAGGGAGACUAUUUACGAUGCUGCAAGAUCUGUUAUCCCCUCUGUGCUUUUGUCAUCCUUGCCGCCUGUGUUGUGGCCUGCGUUGGCUUGGUGUGGAUGCAAGUUGCCCUGAAGGAGGAUCUGGAUGCCCUCAAGGAAAAAUUUAGAACAAUGGAAUCUAAUCAGAAAAGUUCAUUCCAAGAAAUUCCCAAACUUAAUGAAGAACUGCUCAGCGAACAAAAACAACUCGAGAAGAUUGAAUCUGGGGAGCUGGGCUUGAACAAAGUCUGGAUAAACAUCACAGAAAUGAAUAAGCAGAUAUCUCUGUUGACUUCUGCAGUAAACCACCUCAAAGCCAACGUUAAGUCAGCUGCAGACUUAAUUAGUCUGCCUGCCACUGUAGAGGGACUUCAGAAGAGUGUAGCUACCAUUGGCAACACUUUAAACAGCGUCCAUCUUGCUGUGGAGGCAAUACAGAAGACUAUCGAUGAACACAAGAAAACCAUUGAGUCACUGCAGAGUGACAUGAAUCGGCACUUCUUGAAAGAGACCAGUGGAAGCAACCAGAUCAUUCCAUCACCUUCGGCUACAUCAGAAUUUGACAAUAAAACCCACAGUGAGAAUUUGAAACAGGAUAUCCUGUACCUUCACAACUCUUUAGAGGAGGUAAACAGUGCCCUAGUGGGGUACCAGAGACAGAAUGAUCUUAAACUCGAGGGGAUGAAUGAGACGGUCAGUAACCUUACCCAGAGAGUCAACUUGAUAGAAACAGAUCUGGUUGCUGUGAGCAAGGUAGAAAAGCAAGCGAACCUGUCCCUCAGCAUGAUGGAUGAUAGAGCCACCACUCUGAAAAGAGAGUCCUUGCGUCAAGUGACAAACAGAACAGAUACAUUAAAAACCCAAAGCAUAAAGAAAGAAGAUAGUUCAGAUUCUCAAGUAUCCAAGCUAAGAGAAAAACUGCAGCUGAUCAGUGCUCUCACAAACAAACCUGAGAGCAACAGGCCUCCAGACACCACUAACAAAGAGCAAAUACAGAGUUUCACAUCAAAGCCGUCGGCAUUGCCAAAAUUUCCACAGUCUCUUGGAGAUCAAACUGAGAAAGCUGUGCAGCUGAGACCUAUUGCCCUACCAGGAAUUUCUAGCAUCAAAGAUCUUCAGGAUUUAUUCCACAAGACUGGCCAGGACAUGGAUGGGAAACUGACCUACCAGGAAAUCUGGAACUCCUUAGGUUCUGCUGUGCCAGAACUAGAGACUUUGAGAGCAUUUGAUUCUGAUGGCGAUGGAAGAUACUCUUUCCUGGAGCUAAGGGUAGCUUUAGGUGUCUAGCCUCAUCAGGCAUAUUUUAGAAAUGGGUAUAUACCCAGGACUACCUAAUACCUACUCACCUAACACAAACAGCCCAUCGAUCCUCCAGUCCUCCAAACUACUGUAGCAGACACAUUGCCACCUUUUAACUUGUUUGAAAAAGCUAUAAAGAAAAGUUAUUUUUUUAAAAAAGAAGGCCAUGUUACCUAUAUGAUAUUUAGAAAUCUAUGAUUUCCUACAACCAGUAAGAUCUUAAUUUCAAAAUUGCCAGGAAAAAAGUCAAGCCCUCUUUUUUUUUCUCUUUCCUUUUUUUUUUAGGGAAGGAAACCUUAUCUUUUAAAACUGGAAAGUGUGUAUAUAGAGAGAAUAAGCCACCUUUUAUAUUUCACAUAAAUUUGCCUUAAAUUAGCUGCACUUUAUACAGACUCAGAAAAUGUCUUUCUUUUAAAAGCUAGACCUUUUCUGUUUGUAAAUAUUUAAAAUGAAAGAAAGAAUUGUGCAUAUUUUGUGGGAAGUCGGAAGAAUGGUUUGAAACAGGCUGUGAACAAAUGACUUGUUAUUAAAAAUCGCUAAUGUUGGUAACAGCUGAAGCUGUGUCCAUGUCUCCUUAAGGCACCUCCUUCAGGUGCUGCUGUGGCGUUUGCCUUGGAGGCUGGAGGAAUAGAUUUGGGGAGGUGACCCUGUAAGGACAGUGCUGCCUCCUGGCUCAGAAAAGUAAGAUUCUGGCUGUUUGUUCCUGUCCCCUCGGCUGAUCCCAACCUGUGAACCAGAGAAGCCUUGUUGGGGGUUUUUUCACUUUUAAUCCUAUUUCAGGGUUUAUGAGCAUAAACAGUUAUGCAUUGGGGAGCUACAUUUUCCCCACUGAGUGAGCUCGAUUAUCUUCCCCCACCCGCCCACUCAAACCUCUCUUAGCUGUAGCUGGCGGCCGCCUCUGGUGCAGGCUCCAUUCUGAAUGGCAGGGCUGCGCUCCUCAGCUCACUGUCUCCACCGGCUACCCAGGAGGGGCUUUAGGGCAUAGCUUUGCCCCUCAUUGUGACCAGGAAGCUCCUUGACGUUUUACCUGGAGGCCUACCAAGAAGAACGUAGUAUGUUCCUCUGUGGGCUAAAGCCAAAGGGGUUGUGAAAUGCAGCACAUGAAAUCACAUCAGGUUCCCUUACAGGUGUCAGCUCAGAAGUAGCUAGAGGCAUUGUGUCCAGAGGAUGCCGAACCAUAUCAAGUAGGCCUGGGGAGCAGGGGGGCAUCACACGAUGGCAGCAAGGUUUUUCAAAUCUCUUAACAAGCAAGUGUACUACUCUUCCCUUUAAAUACUUCCGUAGGCCUAGUACAAAAGGUCCCCAGACCGGAAGGAAUCACACGUCUGUGUCACCUGUGUGUGUGCUGUGCUGUUCUUAGACGCAGGCUUUGGGCAACACGAAAGGAAGAAUGUUGUGGAACUUAACUGUUCUAUAUAUAGGCCAAGUCAGGGAGAAACUAGAGCUUUCAUGGCACAGACUUUAGUAGAGCUCGUUUCCAUUUUCACUUCAUCCAAGUUCCCCUGUUACCCAGGGAUGCCAUCGAGCACCUUUAAACAUUUAAGGGCUGGUUUUUUUCUUUAUGUAGUGUUCAGUUUAGUGUUGGCUAACUUUGAUUUUUUUUCUGAAAGUAUUAACAUUUAGUUAAAGCAAGAUGAAGUCUUUUCCCAUGAAUGUGUCUGCUUACCUCAUUUGGCUUGUGCUUCUCUUUUUUUAAAAAAAAAAAAACAUUUUUUUGCCUACCUGAGCUAUUUCUCUUUCUUGGAAAGGUUAAAAUAUAGCAUAAAGUUAGCCUGGCAUUUUAGGUAACUUGAAGACCACUCUUUUUCUUCUGGCUGCCUUCCUUGCACCUCCCCCCUUUUUAAAUAUAUAUACCCUUAUAGAUUUUGUAACAACCAAAUAAAAUUCUAGCAAUAAAUUGAACUAUACUGCUAUAUUUGUAUAUACUGUACCAUAAAUAGUAUGUCUGUACCUGGAAGGUAUUUUUUUGAGAACUGAUUUAUAUGAAAUAUACUUGAGGGUAAUGUAGCUUGUCCAUUUUAGUUUCAAAUUCUUAAUUCAUAGGCAGAUACUCUGAGGACCGCUUAAGUCUUUGUUGUCUGUACUUUUCUUUUGUAUCAGAUAGCUACACCUGGAGAAGGCAGUUUUGUUUUUCAGUUUCUCACCUGUUUGUCCCACCUCGAGCUCAGCUGGUUCGCAUCAUCCUGGAGCUAGCUGGACCGUACCAAUUGCUGUCACAUCAGGCAGAGGUCUUCUGGCCACACUCUCAGACUGACUACCCUUGCCGUGCUGCUGCCCUAGCUUCCAGGCAGAACGAGGGCAUCAGGUUGAGGAGAUUCAUUGGCUUAAGAGUUUGAUGAGCCUAUUCUUCGGUGUUUAUUUGGGAGUUUUAUUUGAAAGUUGUCUGAACUUCCCCAACCUGUGACUUUUGAGCUGUACUCAAGCCUCCUUGCCUCCUAUCUCAGCUCUGAGAGGAAGAUUGGGUUUUGCUGUUUGUUUCAAAUACUUUCACCUUUUCCCCCUGGCAGCUUCUGCUGAGGCUUUCUUAAGUGACCCAAAGCACAGCUGCUCGGUCCUUCUUUUCUUUUGCCUGUACUGUCUGGGAUAAUGUUUACUUCAAGAGCCUCCCUAUAAAUCAGAGGACCAAAAAGGUGUUCUAGGAAGAGAAGAAUCAAAGGAAUAGAGAACCUGGCUUAGGGAUAAGGGUAAUGUCCUCUUAAGGGCAGAGAGGGACCUGGCACCUAGGACAGUACACCCUUCACCUGCUGCUGGCUACUUUUCCUGCCAGUGGUGUUUCCUCACUUUAUGUUGCUUUGCUGGACGCAACUCCGUUGCCCCCACUUCCCACUGCUGGUCUUGCGGUCACAGUUGAAGACUUUGAGUGUGAUGGGCUCAUACUCAUAAUGGCCUGCUGUUGAGUUGUUUUUAGUGACAGCUUUUGUUUGCUACACACCUCAUUGGCUUACUUACCAACACCAGCUAGAUGUGGUCCCUUCUUUCAUAUCCAAACCAGAACACAUUUGGGUAUUCCUGAGACUUUAUAGAGUGUGUAUUGUUUGUUAUACGAACCUAACCUACCUUGUUGUUUUCUCAUAUUAAGAAAUGUAAAUCUACUUUGCUUUAGUGGAGCUAUUUUGGUAAUGUAUGAGCAAUUUUGGUUCUGUUUGGAGAGUGAAUUCAAGGUCUCUGACUUGAGCUUUGCUUACUUCAUAUCAGUAAUACAGCUAUUUUAAUUUAUCUAAAUAAAAUACUUCC